CGCUCCCUCGCCGCCUCCCGGUCCCGGCUCCGCCAGCGCGGGGCUGCGGGGGAGCGGCGGCGGCAGCAGCGAGCGCGGCAGGCAGCGCCCCGGGGGCUUUUACCUGCUGUGCCCAGCUCUCACCUGCCUGCUGCCCGGCUCGUACCUGCUGCCCCUGGCGAUGCGGAGCGGGGGAGGCUGCCCGGCACGCCGCCGCCGCUGCUGAGGGAUGGUCGGCGGGUGGGCACCGCCGCUUCCCCUUCAUCCGAGGACGCGUCUGGCUCCAGCUGGGUUCAAGUCGCUGCCUUCUUGUACCGCUCGUAAAUAACAGGAGGAAACCUGAGCCCGGCAGGCGGUUCCCCACCUUCUUCCACCUAACGUAACCCUCGCAGCCGCCUUUGAAGAGAGGCAUUUCAUCUUUAGGGGCCGGCUGCUCGCGCACACUUUUGUACCCGCUGAAGUGCUCAAGAAACCAUGUUGGCUGGUGGAAGAAGCGCGUUUUUGUGCCUUGGAACGAUCUUGAGCUUUUGGAGCUCCGCGAGUUGGAUGCCUGUUGGAGGAUGCCCACAUAAAUGUACGUGCAUUGCUUCCAACGUGGAUUGCCACGGACUAGGACUCAAAACUGUACCGAGGGAUAUUCCCAGGAAUGCAGAGAGACUGAAAUAGUGUAUUAUUGGAGCAUUCAGGGGCUGAAGCCUUGUGGAAAUAGCAUACAGAGGAUCAUACGUGAUCUAGAAAAAAAUAAUAUCACAAGAAUCACAAAGAUGGACUUCGCAGGGCUGAAGAAUCUCCGUGUCUUACACUUGGAAGAAAAUCAGAUCAGUGUGAUAGAACGUGGAGCAUUUCAAGAUUUAAAACAACUUGAGCGACUGCGUCUGAACAAGAAUAAAUUGCAAGUUCUUCCAGAGCUGCUUUUUCAGAACACCCAGAAGUUAACCAGAUUAGACCUCAGUGAAAACCAGAUAAAAGGAAUUCCUAGAAAGGCCUUUCGAGGAAUCAUAGAUGUGAAGAACUUGCAACUGGACAACAACCAGAUCAGCUGCAUCGAAGAUGGAGCCUUCCGAGCCCUGCGCGACCUGGAGAUCCUUACUCUCAACAAUAACAACAUCACCCGCAUUCCUGUUACCAGUUUCAAUCAUAUGCCAAAGAUCAGGACUCUGCGGCUCCAUUCCAACUUCCUGCACUGCGAUUGCCACCUGGCUUGGCUGUCCGACUGGCUGCGGCAGCGGCGCACCAUCGGGCAGUUCACAUUCUGCUUGGCGCCUGUCAACCUGCGGGGUUUUCUUGUGGCGGAAGUUCAGAAAAAGGAAUUUGUCUGCUCUGGUUCCCAGGCUGAACCUCCAUCAUGCAGUGCCAGUUCUAUCACUUGCCCAUCUGCCUGCACCUGCAGCAACAAUGUAGUGGAUUGUCGAGGAAGGGGCUUAACAGAAAUUCCAGCUAACCUACCAGAGGACAUUUGGGAAAUACGUUUGGAACAAAACCUCAUCAAAAUCAUCCCCCCUGGAGCUUUUACCCAGUACAAGAAACUUAAAAGAAUAGACAUCAGCAAGAAUCAAAUAUCUGACAUUGCACCUGAUGCAUUCAAAGGCUUGAAAUCUCUCAUUUCAUUAGUGCUCUAUGGAAACAAGAUCACAGAGAUUCCCCAGGGACUUUUUGAUGAUCUUGUGUCUCUGCAGCUGCUGCUUCUCAAUGCCAAUAAGAUCAACUGCCUGAGGGUAAACACGUUCCAAGGUCUGCAUAAUCUCAAACUGCUAUCUCUUUAUGACAACAAACUGCAGACCAUCAGCAAGGGGCUCUUUGCACCACUUCGAUCGAUCCAGACUCUACAUUUAGCUCAGAAUCCAUUUGUGUGCGACUGCCAUUUGAAGUGGCUGGCUGAUUACCUGCAGGAUAAUCCGAUAGAAACCAGUGGCGCUCGAUGCAGCAAUCCGCGUCGCCUUGCCAACAAACGAAUCAGCCAGAUCAAGAGCAAGAAGUUCCGCUGCUCAGGGUCCGAGGAUUACAGAAGUAAAUUCACCGGGAAGUGUUUCAUGGAUCUUGUCUGUCCUGAGAAGUGUCGCUGCGAGGGAACAGUUGUAGACUGCUCAAACCAAAAACUCACCCGAUUACCCAGCCACCUUCCUGAAUAUACUACUGAUCUGCGUUUGAAUGACAAUGAUAUUUCUGUUUUGGAAGCUAUUGGACUCUUCAAGAAAUUACCCAACCUCAGAAAAAUAAAUCUGAGCAAUAAUAAGAUCAAGGAGAUUCGAGAAGGCACAUUUGAUGGAGCUUCAGGAGUGCAGGAACUGAUUCUGACAGAGAAUCAACUGGAAUCAGUACACGGACGAAUGUUUAGAGGCCUCACAGGGCUGAAGACAUUGAUGCUGAGGAGCAACUCUAUCAGCUGUAUAAACAAUGACACCUUUGCUGGACUGAGCUCAGUGAGACUUCUUUCUCUGUAUGACAAUCAUAUCAGCACCAUCACCCCUGGAGCCUUCAGCACAUUAGUCUCUUUGUCUACAAUUAAUUUGCUGGCUAACUCCUUUAAUUGUAACUGCCAUUUGGCCUGGCUGGGAAAAUGGUUGAGAAAGAAGAGAAUCGUCAGUGGAAAUCCCCGAUGCUUGAAGCCCUUUUUUUUAAAGGAUAUUCCAAUUCAAGAUGUGGAUGCCCAGGAUUUCACCUGUGAUGGUAACGAUGAAAGCAGCUGCUUGCUUUCUCCUCCUUGUCCUUCCCAGUGUACCUGUGUGGACUCGGUGGUACGUUGCAGCAACAAAGGUCUGCGGAUAAUGCCCAAAGGAAUUCCGAAAGAUGUGACUGAGCUAUACCUAGAAGGAAACCAUCUGACUGCUGUGCCAAAGGGGCUCUCCACCUUCAAGCACCUGACUCUGAUUGAUUUGAGCAACAACAGCAUAAGUGUAUUGGCCAAUUAUACCUUCAGCAACAUGACUCAAUUAUCAACACUCAUCUUGAGUUACAAUAGACUUCGGUGCAUUCCAGUCCACGCGUUCAAUGGGCUCAGGUCUCUUCGAGUGCUGACGCUCCAUGGAAAUGAUAUUUCCAGUGUUCCCGAAGGUUCAUUCAACGACCUGGUAUCCCUGUCCCAUCUGGCUCUAGGUACCAACCCUUUGCACUGUGAUUGCAACCUCCGCUGGCUUUCUGAGUGGGUGAAAGCAGGGUACAAAGAGCCGGGAAUAGCGCGCUGCAGCGGGCCCGACACCAUGGUGGACAGGCUGCUGCUUACAACGCCGACUCACCACUUCCAGUGCAAAGAGCCAGUAGAUAUCAAUGUUGUGUCCAAGUGUAACCCCUGCCUCUCCAAUCCGUGUAAGAACAAUGGGACAUGCAACAAUGAUCCAGUGGAGUUUUAUCAAUGCACUUGCCCUUUUGGCUUCAAGGGUCGGGACUGCAGUGUGCCCAUUAAUUCUUGCAUUCAAAAUCCAUGUCAGAAUGGAGGGACCUGCCACCUCACCGAGGCAAAUAAGGAUGGAUUCAGCUGUUCUUGUCUCCUUGGGUAUGAGGGAGAGAGGUGUGAAAUAAACCCGGACGACUGCGAAGAUAAUGACUGCGAGAAUAACUCUACAUGUGUGGAUGGGAUCAACAACUAUGUCUGUCUGUGCCCUCCUAAUUACACAGGUGAGCUGUGUGAUGAGGUGAUUAACCACUGCGUUCCUGAGCUAAAUCCAUGCCAACAUGAGUCCAAAUGUCUUCCACUUGACAAAGGAUCCAGAUGUGAGUGCUUGCCUGGUUACAGCGGCAAACACUGUGAAAUAGAUGACGAUGACUGUGUGGGCCAUAAGUGUCGCCAUGGAGCCGUCUGCGUAGAUGCAGUCAAUGGCUACACCUGCGUCUGUCCUCAGGGUUUCAGUGGACUUUUCUGUGAAACUCCUCCACCGAUGGUUCUGCUCCAGACGAGCCCCUGCGAUAACUACGAGUGCCAGAACGGCGCCCAGUGCAUCGUGGCACACCAGGAGCCCGUCUGCCGCUGCCUCGCCGGCUUUGCUGGACAGAAGUGCGAGAAGCUCAUCACAGUCAACUUCGUCGGGAAGGAUUCCUACGUGGAGCUGCCGUCAGCCAAAAUUCGCCCUCAGGCAAACAUUUCCCUCCAGGUAGCAACAGACAAGGACAAUGGCAUCUUGUUGUACAAAGGAGACAAUGAUCCUUUGGCUCUGGAGUUAUACCAAGGACACGUGAGGCUCAUCUAUGACACACUGAAUUCUCCACCUACCACAGUAUAUAGUGUGGAAACAGUAAAUGAUGGGCAAUUUCAUAGUGUGGAACUCGUGAUGCUGAAUCAAACUCUGAACCUGGUGGUGGACAAGGGGACUCCCAAGAGUCUAGGAAAACUCCAGAAACAGUCUUCUGUCAGCCUCAAUACACCCCUCUACAUUGGAGGGAUCCCGACCUCUACUGGAUUAUCUUCACUGCGCCAGGGUGCAGAUAAGACACCAAAUGGGUUCCAUGGAUGUAUUCAUGAUGUCCGCAUCAAUAAUGAGCUGCAGGAUUUCAAGGAUUUACCGCAGCAGUCACUAGGAGUCCUUCCUGGCUGCAAAUCCUGUAACAUCUGCAAGCAUGGCAUUUGCCGGUCCCUAGAGAAAACAAGUGUGAUUUGUGAAUGUCACCCAGGCUGGACAGGCCCCCUGUGCGACCAGGAAAUUGGAGAUCCGUGUCUUAACCACAAGUGUCUGCAUGGUAAGUGCAUGGUGGCCAAUGUUGCUUACACCUGUAAGUGCAUGGAGGGCUACACAGGCAUGUACUGUGACAAGAAGAACAAUUCCUCAAACCCCUGCAGGAUUUUGAAAUGCAACCAUGGGCAAUGUAAAAUUUCUGAGCACGGGGAACCCUACUGCGAAUGCGACCCUAACUAUAGUGGAGAACAUUGUGACAGAGAGAAUCUCUGCCAAGGAGAGAUAAUUCGAGAAGUAGUCCGUAAGCAGCAGGGCUACACGUCGUGCGUCACUGCCUCCAAAGUACCCCGCAUGGAAUGCCGUGGCGGCUGCAGCAAUGGGCAGUGCUGCGUUCCCCUCCGAAGCAAACGGCGGAAAUACUUCUUCCAGUGCGUGGAUGGCUCCACCUUCACAGAAGAACUGGAGAGACAUGUGGAAUGCGGCUGCUCAAAAUGCUCAUAAGCCCUUCUUCAGUCUCUUGCCACUUUAAUCAGCUCAGAAGCGCUAUCAAAAUGGGACCUAUUUACUUUCAGAGUGAAGAAGAAGAAGAAAAAGAAUUAUUAAGUAUAUUGUAAAAUAAACAAAAAAUAGAAC